AUGGAGACCAGGGAGGACAAAUCCCCACAGCAGAACCUCGUGGAAGAGAAGCCCUACAAGUGCUUGGAGUGUGGGAAGAGCUUCUGGAAGAGCAGCAAAUUGAUCCACCACCAGAUGAUCCACACUGGGGAAUGGGCCUUCGAGUGUGGAGAAUGUGGGAAGGGCUUCAGCUGCAGAUACAAGCUCAUCACCCACCAACGCAUCCACACUGGGGAGAUGCCCUACGAGUGUCCCGAGUGUCAGAAGAGGUUUCACACCAGGUCCCAUCUCCUCCAGCACCAGCAGGUCCACACGGAUGAGAGGCCCUUCCGCUGCCCCGACUGCGGGAAGGGCUUCAAGCGUGGCUCCUACCUCCUCACCCACCAACUCAUCCACACCGGUGAGAGGCCCUAUGAGUGUUCUCAGUGUGGGAAGAGGUUUCACACCAGCUCCAGUCUCCUCCUGCAUGAGCGGAUCCACACAGAUGAGAGGCCCUUCCGCUGCCCUGAGUGUGGGAAGGGCUUCAAGCAAAAUGCCCACCUCAUCACCCACCGGCGCAUCCACACUGAGGAGAGGCCCUACGAGUGUCCCCGGUGUGGGAAGAGCUUCACCCAGAGCUCUGCCUUGACCAGACACCAACGGAUGCACCGGGGGGAGAAGCCCCACACGUGUGGGGAGUGUGGGAAGAUCUUCAGGUGGAACUCUGAGCUGAUCAGGCACCAGAGGACCCACACUGGGGAACGGCCCUACGAGUGUGAUCAGUGCAGGAAGAGGUUUCAGACCAGCUCCAAUCUCCUCAAGCACCAGCACACUCACACAGAGGAGAGGCCCUUCUGCUGCCCCGACUGCAGGCAGGGCUUCAGGCAGAAUGCCCAUCUUGUCACGCACCGAGGCAUCCACACUGGGGAGAGGCCCCACGAGUGUGAGGAAUGUGGGAAGAGCUUCAGGCACAGCUCCAACCUGAUCAGUCACCGGAGAACCCACACCGGGGAGAGGCCCUACGAGUGUCGGGAGUGUGGGAAGAGCUUCAGCCGGCAUUCCAACCUGGUCAUCCACCAAAAGAUCCACACUGGGGAGAGGCCCUACGAGUGUUCUAAGUGUGGGAAGAGAUUUCAGAGCAACUCCCUUCUUCUCCAGCACUAUCAGAUUCACAGAGAGGAGAGGCCCUUCCAGUGCCCUUACUGUGGGAAAGGAUUCAAGCACAACUCCACCCUCAUCACCCACCGGCGCAUCCACACUGGGGAGAGGCCCUACGAGUGUCCCCAGUGUGGGAAGAGCUUCAGCUGGAGCUCUAACUUGACCCAACACCAACAGAGGCACCGGGGGGAGAAGCCCUACAAGUGCUUGGAGUGUGGGAAGAGCUUCAGGCAGAGCUCUUACCUGAUCCAGCACCAGAUGAUCCACACUGGGGAAUGGGCCUUCGAGUGUGGGGAAUGUGGGAAGGGCUUCAGCUGCAGAUCCAAGCUCCUCACCCACCAACACAUCCACACUGGGGAGAGGCCCUACGAGUGUCCUGAGUGUCAGAAGAGGUUUCAGACCAGCUCCCAUCUCCUCAGGCACCAGCUGAUUCACACGGAUGAGAGGCCCUUCCGCUGCCCCGACUGCGGGAAGGGCUUCAAGCACAACUCCACGCUCAUCAGGCACCGGCGCAUCCACACUGGGGAGAGGCCCUACGAGUGCACCCAGUGUGGGAAGAGGUUUCAGACCAGCUCCGUUCUCUGCCUGCAUGAGCGCAUUCACACGGAUGAGAGGCCCUUCUGCUGCCCUGAGUGCAGGAAGAGCUUCAAGCAAAAUGCCCACCUCAUCACCCACCGGCGCAUCCACACUGGGGAGAGGCCCUACGAGUGUCCCCAGUGUGGGAAGAGGUUUCACACUAGCUCCAGUCUCCUCCUGCAUGAGCGGAUCCACACGGAUGAGAGGCCCUUCUGCUGCCCUGACUGUGGGGAGGGCUUCAACCGCAACUCCACCCUCAUCAGGCACCGGCGCAUCCACACUGGGGAGAGGCCCUACGAGUGUCCCCAGUGUGGGAAGAGCUUCACCCAGAGCUCUCACUUGACCAGACACCAACAGAUGCACCGAUAAGGGAAGCCCUGCAAAUGACCCCACUACAGUGCUCUUCAUGCACUGCUCCAGCUUCAUCCCCUAUUGGAGGUCCCACGUUGGGAAGAGCCCUGGUUAUCCGUGUUCCCCAUGAUCCAUGCUGGGAAGACACCUGUACCUUUUCCUGCCCCUGCCAGUGACAUGAUGUUGGAUUGAAGAACAUGAGGGUCUGGCCAUGGCCAUGACAUUACAUUCCCUCCCACCUCAGGUCAUUGCCAGGGGCAGGAAAGGGACUCUCUCUCUCCCUGAGGAGAAGGGUCUCCUUUCCAGGCAGGAGGAAGUACAUGGCCAGGAAGAGCCAGCCGUUGAUGUUGUAGUUUUCCCUGUAAAUAGUUUUUCUUAUCCCUUCUGUUAUCAAUAUUGUUCCUCUUCUUAUUUAUUCUUCAUCUUGUUUCUGUUGCCAAUAAAUUGUUCUU